AUGGCUAGACUCCAGAAUCAUCGAUACGCAAAAUAUAUCGGGCCCACAGACGAACAUGACUUUGCACUUUUAGAGCUCCAAUUAUACGACGACAUCAAGGGUAAAAGUCCCGCUAAUCAUGGAUCCUUCCGCAAAGUUGGCCCAAACGAGUUCUUCCAUCAAUAUACCGACUCGAGUUCUCCCAAUUACGCUAGGGAGGUUAAGGAGCUCGACAACAUCGAACAGAUCGUCGCUCCUCAUGGUGAUGCUCUAAUCCGACUCUACUUCCGGAUCGUCCACCCCAGCUUUCCGAUUUUACAUAAGAAAGUUUACCUAGAGAAGUACAGUCGAACACAUCGGGACUUUUCUCCUCCUCUACUUGCCGCUAUCUAUAUAUUAGCUUUAAAUUGGUGGUCCUACAGUGCUGAACUUACGACGCUGACCAAGCCAGACGUUACUGAACUUGAAGAUAUCGCUUAUCGUACUUUGCAAGAUGUCUCGCAUCGAGCAAAAUUGUCUACGGUACAAGCAGGUCUCCUAUUGUUGCAACGACUAGGUAGCAAUCAAGCUUGGCAGCUAACAUCUCAACUUGUUGCCAUCGGCCAAGAUCUCGGACUGCACCUAGAUUGUUCAAAUUGGCGAAUACCGGCCUGGGAGCGAGCGCUCCGGAAACGACUUGGAUGGGCACUUUUUAUGCAAGACACUUGGUCCGCUUUGAUAUACGGACGACCUCCUCACAUCUCCUCCAUGAACUGGGCUGUGCAGCCUAUGAUCAGCAGUGACUUCCUAGACAGCGCGGUAGAUGAAGAAGAAGACGAGAGUAUAGAGGUUGAAAAAGGCAGGGCCCUCUUUAGCGCUAUGAUCACGCUCACAACAAUGCUUGCAGAGAUCCUAGAUUCACUAUAUUCAUUGAAGGCAGAAAUGGAGAUCAGGAAAUCCUAUGACAGCAUCAAGGCGACUCUUAAUCGCGCGAAGCCAAUUCAGCUCAAGCUACGGUCAUGGUACGCGGACAUACCAGAGACACUUCGUAUGGACGCCACUAAAGUUGGCGAAUUGAGCUCCGUGGGUUACUUACACCUUGCGUACUUUGCCACUGAGAUCACUCUACAUCGACGGAUUCUACGCUCACUAUCACGCAAUACCGAUCCUUAUAUGAUUCAGAUCUGUCGGUCCGCCGCGAAAGCAAGACUUAUUAGUGCUAUGGACUUUUUUAACAGACUGAGGCCCGAGCACCUUCAAUCCUUCUGGUACUUCUCCUCUAAGUUUAAUUUCGCCUUGAUUGGUACGUUUGCUGGGUUGUGUUUUGUCACUUCAGUGAGUCAGGAAGAAGCAGAAUUCUAUCAGAGACGGCUGCAGGAAUACCGAUGGACGCUGAGGGUAUUUAGCAAGAGUGCUGAGUUUCUGGAGAUUGCCGGUGGUAUCCUGGAGUCUGCAGUGGGAUCGUUGCUAAAAGCUACCGACUCAAUUGAGAGCCGGCGACUAUCCUUUCCAAUGCUCCAACAACAGCCUGAGGACGACAUCGCCAUAGAACCCUCCUUCCCUAACACGGAUGAUGCCUCCUUUGACACUCCGAUGGAAGAUUGAUACCGAGGGCCGGGCGACUGUUGAGAUUUUCUGCCCAGCACACCGCCAUGGUCCAAUACUCUGAACAACUCCGGUCGCUGCAGUAUUUCGACGUCGCUCUUGUAAGGCUCGCCUACAGCAGGAGAAGCCCGGAUAACAUAGCCGAACCCCUGACAUGCAGCUUGACGUGCUGAAAAGGCACGCCAGCCAAACCACCUUUUCAAUGCCGUCGUUAACCAAAGAACGGCAAGGCUUUUAGGAUGAGCCUCGAUCAUGGGCAGCAGUCAAGUCCGUCUACAAGGGCGUGCCUGGAUUUACCAGCCAAAGUUAUGAAGUACUUGGCUGGCUUGGCUGGCUGGUUGGUUGGCUGGCUGUCGACCCAAAAGAGAGUUGAAUACCCAACGUCGAACGCAGAGUGGGGAAUUGUGCAAGCCGGAGAGGCUCUGAAAAGUGACAAUUCAUCUUCCUGUUCUCGGCAUUUUAGGUGUUUAGGCCGCUGUCCUUUUAGCAACUCGACUUCCGCUCUACGACACCCUUGGAGGCGGCGUUGGUGCUGUUGGAUGAAUAACUUGAUUGAUUGUAG